AUGCCUCGUCGCAAGGUCAAUGAGAAUGGUUCCACAGCGGCGAACAGCGGUGGGACGAAACCACGUUCCAGACGGAUAAAAAAAGAUGCGAACGCAGCGAUGGAGCAAAAAUUGGAUCUGGUACAGAUGUACGAUGCUCAGGCUCCGUCGUCGGUGCAGCAGGUCCCAAUGAUGCAUAAUCACAAUGGGAUGAUGAACUUACACGAUGACAGCGGACCGAUGUCGAGCCAUAAUCUGUACUCAUCACCCGCUGGGUCGAUGGCUGGCCCACCGCCUCCAGAGUACUAUCAACCAAUGCCACAGACCUAUCAGUCGGGUAUGUUGCCACCCCCACCAGCACCAACGGCUCCUCCGCCGCCUCAUGGAGGACAAACGCCACAGCAACCUUCACAGCAUCAGUUUAUGGAGCCAGAUCCUCCACAAAGUCCAUAUAUUAAUCAGCCAUCUCAUAUGCAACAACACAAUCACAUGAUGAUAAGAUAUAGGGGUGUGCCCGCAAUGGGUCCUUCAACCCACCACCAGAGUCCACCUGCUUCUCAGCUUGAAUUCAGGUUGAACGAAAUGAAUCGCCGGUUGUUUAUAUUUAGUAAUAGUGGCGAUAAAGAUUAUGCGCAGUGGUGGGAUGCGUUUGCCCACGAGUUCUUUGACGAUGAUGCGCGAAUGAGUUUUACUAUUUUUGACGAACAAAAUCCAGGGCGCUCCCAUCGUUAUGCUAUUGGACGUUUACUGAUACCGCGGUACUUUCGGACAGUGUUUGGAAGCGGUGUCAAAGAAAUGUAUUAUGUUUUGAGGGCUAUAGUUCGUGAGUCCUCUGGCGGGUUUAUGGCAUAUUGUGAGUGCGAUAAUUUGCUGAUUGUGACAAAACAUGAAAAGCCUUUUCCGUCAGAGGUCCAAACGGAGUGCAAACUGAUGUGCGAGUUUAUUUAUGAUGAAACUUACGGUCAUCGAGUUAGGCACUGGAACAUAGAAAUGAGGCAGUGUCAGGAAUAUGUUCUUAGGGAUCCGAACAUGGAUAAUGAAACGCAGGAGAAGAUGAAGAAUAGUAUUACAAUCACUGGGAUGACUUCUGUUACUCUUAACUACCUCAAGCUUUGCGUUAUUUUGGAACCAAUGCAGAUCCUAAUGAGUCAGAGUAAAACUCAUAAUAUUACUCCAAACGAGUCGCUUAGGCAGACACUUUUUGAGUACCAUUCGAAGUAUCAACAGAUGCAACGGCAGCAACAGCAACAUCAACAACAAAUGGCGAUGAACGCAAUGAGAUUUAAAAUUGCAGGUGCAAUGAAUCCCCAGCACCAAAUGCCACCAACCCCCGUAGAAGAACCAAUUACAAAGAAGCCUCGUAAACGCACUAGAAAAACAGCGGGAACUGCCGGGGCUCAAGGCGCUGGGUCGAAAAAAAAGAAUAACUCGUCACCAGCGCCGAAUGCAGCUAAUUUUCAGGGCAGCUCUCACUACCAUGUUCCCUACCAAGAUGUCAUGGUUGUUGGGGAACCCUCAAUGAUGGGUGGGGAUUACGGUGAGGAAGAUGAACGAACCAUUUCGCGAGUGGAAAAUACGCAGUAUGAUCCAAAUGCCAUGCAAAAUCACAUGGGGAAUAUGUCGCAGUCAAUGAAUCCAUCGAUAACGCCUCUGGGAGGCCCGCCUAACCAAACUUAUAUGAGUGGGUUCGAAAUGUCGUCAGUCAGUGAUUGGGGUGUGGGUGGAACCGGACAGGUACCAUCGUCUGGUGCACCGCCUGUAACCUGUGGUGCAAAUCUUGGUGUUUCGGCACCGAUUGCGGCUUGUGAUUUGCAGCAGUCAUAG